AUGAAAAAGGAAACAAGAAAAAUUGCCACUCCAGCCGAUAAGAAAGAUUCGGGAGAUCAAGAUUGUAAGAGCAGGACUGCUAAAAGAAAGGCCAGUCCUGAAAAGAAGACCCCAAUGAAAAGGAGGAGGGUCGCUGAGCAGGCUGGUCCUUCCACCAGCUCAGAUGUGGUCAAAGGAGUGAAGCGCAAGGUUGUGCAAGAUGAAGAGGACACAACAAAGAGAGCAAAGAGGGCUAAACUUCUUGACCAUAUGAGCGGUGACAAGGAGCAAGCAUCCUCCUCGUUGGACUCUGGUAAAGGAAAAAAAUCAGUGGCAGACCAAAAACGUGAAUUCCAAGCCAGAUAUGUGGAGGAGCACCAGCUCGGAGAAGGAGGCUGCGGAGCAGUGUUUUCUGGCUACCGGAUAGAAGAUCGUUUUCCAGUUGCCAUCAAACACAUUCCCAAAAAUAAAGUCUACUGCAAAGUGGCGGAUGAAAGCGGGAAGAUGCUCUCGGUGGAAGUGGCCAUUAUGGUUAAACUUGCAGGUGAAGCAGAAGGGUCAGUGGGAAUAUCAGCACCUGUGUCCUUGCUGGAGUGGUUCGACCUUGGCAAAGAGCUGAUCCUGGUGCUGGAGAGACCUGUCCCCGCUGUGGACCUGCAAAAAUACAAAGCAGAAUAUGGAAGAACCUUACCAGAGGACAAGGCCAAGGUCAUUCUGAAGCAACUAGUUGAUGCUGUAAAGGAACUUGAGGAUAAACACAUCUUUCAUCGGGACAUCAAGGGAGAAAACAUUCUGAUUGAGACCGGCUCCGAUGUGCCUCGAGUUCGCAUCAUUGACUUUGGACUGAGCUGCUUUGUUAAACAGCGAUCUCUGUAUCGCGUCUUCUAUGGCACUCCUCUUCACACCCCUCCCGAGUGGUACAGGAGGAGCUGCUACAGGUGUGGACCCACCACGGUGUGGCAAAUGGGAGUGGUGUUGUAUGAAGCGCUUCAUGCACGGCACUUUAGUACCGAGAGGUUCCUCGCAAAGAAACUGAGCAUCAAAAAGCGUCUGUCCACAGAAUGCCAGAAUUUCUUGGAGGCAUGUUUAACUAUAGCCCCGGAGAAGCGCCCAACACUGGAGGAGCUCCAGCUUCACCCCUGGCUAAGAUAGCACACACAAACACACAAUUCACACCUUAUCAUAUAAGUGUGAUACAUUGUGGUAACCUCCUUUCUUUUUUCUGUUGGACAGGAAUGGGU